AUCUAAUUAACCAGUUGACUUUACCAUCACGGACCGCCAAUAUCCUUGACCUUGCGCUCUAUAUUUUUGCCGUUUUACUACAAGCCGCCCAUUCGACUAUCUUUUGUGUGCGUCCGUUUCAACUCCGCCUUGACCAACCAUUUCAUCGUCCAACCCAGUUUAAUCCGACGCAAAGAUAAGUCACCGUUAUGGAGAAGAUUGUAUACUUUAACGAAUCUCAUCUUCCAGAAGAUCACUUUGAGGAAUUAAUACUAACGACUAUGACCGUUCAUGUUGUGUUGGUAGCGUUAAUCGGUACAUCGGCCAACAUUUUUGUGUUUCUCGGGCUGUCGCUCAGCCAAAAAGUAGCCAGCAACCUGUUGCUGCUGAACCUUUGUGUAGCCGACAGUUUGGUGUGUUUGGUCAGCGGACCGCUAACACUGCUGUCGUGGCACUGGCCCGAGAUAACGUCGUACACCUUCGUCAAUGCCAUACGAUAUGUUCCAGUGGCGGCGAGCACAUUAAGUCUGAUGACGCAGUCGAUUGACCGUUAUGCGUCUAUCCAGCACCCGCGACACAACCGACUGCACCGGAACAAGCACGUGGCGUAUCUGGUGUCCGGCGUGGUAACCGCGUGGACGGUGGCCGUGGCCGUAUCCGUGCCGCGGUUCGUGCGGCCGGCGUACCGGCUGUUGGCCGACAUGCGGUUGACGCGGUACUACGAAACGGCGUACGUAGUCAUCGUGUUCGUCGUACCGUGGGCCGCAGUGGCCUUCAGCCAGCGGGCCGUCAGCAGGACGCUGUAUAUAACUUCGCUAAAGGCGGCCGCGGCCCGUGGCCAGCUGCCUCUGCCUAUGCCACUCAUGACGGCCGAAUCAAAGCAAGUCAUUCUGGUGGCGUCCAUACAAAAGAGCACUACGGGCCAGUCAAAGCGCCAUGGCUGUGUUUAUCCGCAGGCGGCCAACGAAGGGGUGAAGACGGCCGUGCAGACUGCGACCACGGUUGCCACCAACCAAGCUGACACGAAAAAACCGGCUCCCGCGUGCCCGACGCCGACGGCGCGAAGCAGGAAGCGACUGGCCAAGGUGUUGUUGGCACUGGCCGGCGUAUUCGUCGCCUGCUGGAUGCCGUACGCCACUGCACUGAUAUAUUCCAACUACCGGUGGCCAGUGCGGUUGGCUACGGUGGCCGCGUUGCUGUUCGGCCAUACGCACUCGGUCGUUAACCCGUUGGCGUACUGGUGGCUCAACCGUCAUACACUUCGUCCGUGUCCGUGCUGGAACCCGGAAGACGACGACGACGACGACGGCAACGACGUUUUCGUCGGAUGCGGGUUCGGUUGCGGCGGCGGCCGCGGUGGUGGCCACAGCGACCGCGGUGACGACGCCCGACAACCGUACACGCCCACUCGACUCAACCGGUUGCUUUUUCGACCGGCCAACAAUCAACGCAGUCGCCAACCGUCGUCCACUAACGAGGCCGCUCUGGGACCGUUCAACCCGAGAUUCGCGACCCCCAAGAAACGACCUGAACAACUGCCCGUCAAAAAUCCAGUCAUGCUGUAUUAUUCUUGAACUGUCUUGAACGCCUGAUUUGUAUUAGUUAUUUGUUGUUCUCUAACCAAAUCUCAAAUUAUAAUACAACGAUACACGGUCCUUCAGUGAUACCGCAGACGUUUGUUUAAAUAACAAUAUAUUAUUUAACUUUCAGGUUUUCUUUCGUAUUAAGUAAUACCGUUAAUUAAGUUUCAAAACUCAUAACGUUGUUAUUUAUUAUUAUUGUACCUAUAUGUCCUACACGAAUUGUAGAUGCAUUGUAGGCAAUUAAAAUGUAUAAAAAUCAUUAAAUUAAAAUUAGAUUAAAAAUCUGACUAUUAAUAAUACUCACAAAUAUUUGCUAUCUUGUAUGUUAGUGUUAUAUUAGUGUUACUGAAAAUAUUAAUCCACUAUCACCACUAGAACCGCCGAUUUGGCUAAAUAAAUCCAACCACGCGCUUGAGUUUCAAUGGCCAAGUGCACUGUGCAACCAAAAACAUCUGUCGAUUCGAUUACUCAUUUGCAUGAUUUAAAGGUACCUUGCUGAUUGUAAUAUUUUCAUUAAAUCCAAUUUUUUUAUCAGUGAAAAUAAAAUGCAUUGUAUGCAUCUCUUAAUGUAAAAAUUGUCAAUUUCUGUUGAAACAUCAAUAUUCCUCUCCCAUACAAUUUGAUUAUUUGUUAUUAAGAUUUUUUUUUAUAUUAUGGUCUAAUCGCUUAGUCCUUGAGCGCGCAUGCAUCUCAUUCGGCGGUUCUAUUCAAGCCAAGAACAAUAAGGCUAGUCUUACCCUUAACGGGUCCCCAGUUACUUGACUUUGUAAACCAUUUACUACCAAGUUAACUUGCAGUGGUUAUAACCAAUGUGUACAGACGACUGUGAUCGAAUAUGUCGAUGACGACUGAACAUAGAAAUCAGCCGUUAGCUACCGAUUUAAAAAAACAUAAUAUGCAAUUGCGGAAUCAUUUAGUGUGUGCCUGCCGAAGUUUCACCAUUUUCCUGUAUUAUAACGACCCGAUAAUAAGGUAAUUAUGUCAUGAUACAAAUAAACAAGAAGCAAAUUUUAAAAUUAAAAAAAUGAAAAUUUAGUUUCUAUUGACCUGGUUAAUACAUUAAGUAUCCCAUGAACAUUUGAAGUUUUUAUUUAUUCGUACAGCAUUAUUUUUCGGUUAAAGCAAUAAUUAAAAAAAAAAGUAAAAUACAUGAAACAUUUGAACAAAUUUAAUAUAUUUUUCCUUAAAUGAAUUCUCGCUUGUUACAAGUGAAUGUGCAUAAAUGUUGUCAGAGAAACUAUUCAUAAUCGUUUAAAGUAGAAAACCUAUUCAAAGUUAACUUUUUGAGAUACAACUGUUUAGAAUGAACAAUUGUAUAAGCAUUGAUUUAAAUUAAAUGAUCACACUAUAAUAUGCACUAAUAUUUACAGGACAAUUUCUCCCUAACAGUAGUAACGUACUCACUUUUAACUUAGUAAAUUUUAGGAACAUUUCUUUGUUUCUAUGUUCGUGUCAUAAAUAGUUAAACAAUAAUUGUAUCAAAAAAUAAUUACUAAUCUUCAAACAAAUAAUUAUUGCUUGAAACAUCACUUUAUAAGACAUUUUUCUCUUAUUGUGAUAUAUUGAAUAUAAUAUAACAUAUUGUUAUUAACGUGUUGAUUAUGCUAUGAACUAUUUGCUAGUGGCAUUUGUUCUGUCGUUACCGUAUCAACAAUUUUACCAUUUUUAUCCGGAUUGUUAUUUCGUGUAUAAAUUUACUAUGACUUGACCAGCUGCGCAAUUGAUAAAAUAAUUUUACGGCGGUCGCCAUAGCGGAGUAGAAGGCAUUUUAUAAAAAGUAUUUCAUCCUUUACUGAUGACUGGUACAUGAAUGAACUAAUAAUAUUAACGAUCAGAUCAUUAUGAUCUCCUUGUGUUCGUGUGGGCGAGUUAGUUAAACUGUAAGUACAUUUUUAACUUGUAGAAUUAAGUGGCUUUAAAAAAUAAGGACUUUAAGAACCCUAUGAUGCGGCCGUGUUCCGUUGACGAUUCCAUCUUUUCAAACUAAAUAAUCGUCUUGUUAGCAACUAUCUAGUAUAACAAUAUUUGUCCGUAUAUUUAUAUUCUUUGAGCGUCUCUGGUCAAGUGUUAGGUUAUAGAAAACCGUGAUCAAAUCGUCGGCUUUCAAUAUAAAUAAAAUAUAUCGUGUUUUAGAAAUGUCCAUUGAUAUUUAAUUAUUCUUGACCUCAGCACUGUUUUUUCAACAGGUGCCCUCUCAACUGAAAACCAUUAUUUUGUUCCUCGAUAGAGUUUCACUUGUAACCGACGACUCAUACAUAUUUAUACAUACCAUUGUGAUUAUCUUUUCGACGUGAUAAACUAAUAAGAUUCUCGUUAAUAUGAUUUUUUUAAUAUUGUAUUAUGUUUAAUGUACUAUUUA